GUCUGAAAUUUGAGUAAAAUGUUUGGAAGUUGAUAAUUAAAAAUGUGUAGGAAUCAUGCAGGAUUUCCUGAUUGUGCCAGUAACCGUCCUGGUUUUGGUCAGAGGUGAAGGCGAAAUAUUGAAGCUUCCUCUCAGCACUUUGGGUCGUUUAGAGGAGCUUUUCUCAAAAAGCUUGGAGGCUGUCCAAAUAAUAGUCCCUAAAUGAGCAAUUGUCUUCACUCAGCUUUCUUCAGGAACUCUUGUUUCUGCUGACUGCGAAAUAAAAAACCUUCUCCUGCUCUUUCAUCUUCGGAUGAGACACUCGAACGACGCAGAAAUAGCUGCUAAAAAAUGAAAUUCUCACACUCGCAUCUCUAGAAAUAAUAUCUUGAGACCUUCUUCAGAGUUGGAGCGUUUGAGCAGCUGCCAAGCAGCUGUCAGGAUGCGUCAGGAGCCUCCUGUUUAACAGAAGGCAGCUGUAGGGGAGGAAAUGAUUACCGUUUGUCUGUGUGAUCAGCUCUCCGAAGACGGAAAGUGUGACUUUUUCCUCAUUGGUCUCAAGUGAGACUCUCAAGGGGCAUUGCUAAGUCUGAAUUAACAUUCACACCCCGAGACAUUUGCUUACUUCCUAGUGCUUCAGAUUUGAGAACAGGCACCCGAGCUUGUAGAGGUUAACUCAGUUAGAGCAGAAAUCAAGUCCCACUUGCUCAUUAUCUUCUUCCACUGAUCCAUGUUGCACUUGCUCUGCUCUCCGUGUCUUAGAGGAGGAUGAAAUAUUCACCAGGAAAGCUGUUGUUUUCCCGGAGGAGCCCCCAUCUUUACCUCUCAUGCCCUGUACCGCUUCCCGUCCGCUCAACCUUUCCGAGCCCUCUCGCCGUCCUCCUCACGGUCUCGGCGCCCUUGCUAAAUUAUGCAUGCGUUAUGUGAAUUAUAUCCUGUAGUUUUUCAUCGAGCAUUGUUCAGUCCUCCUUCAGUUUUCUGCUAAUGGUGUCUAAAAAUGAGCUUCGGGAUGUUUCCAUUUAUUGGUUUCUAUUUUUAGCGCUCCUUCUCGUCUUUAUCUGUCCCUUUCAAAUGUUUUUAAAAAGCUCCAGAGGAGGAAAGGAAAGUAGGAGUGGCAGACGAAUGAAAGUGUUAUAUAGACCCCGUGUUUUCAGUGGGGCUUGAGCCGAGCAGGAGUCCGGUGCAGAGAUUGUAAAAGUUCCUCUGGGGAUUAAGCGAGCGACAGACAUCAAAUGUGUCUUAAAAGGAACAUAAGGGACCCCGUUUACGAACGCCGGCUGCCCUCUGCUCCUCCAUAUUGACCGUAUAUCCCCUGUGUGUCUCUCUAUUACAUGUUGUACAAGUAUCAGAGGAGUUAGGGGGAUGGGCCAAGUGCUUUGGGAAAAGGAACGAGAUAUCAUAUCAUCGUCUGUCAUUUCAGUGACGUUUCCAGCAUGUUUAGAGGGUCCAGGACUUGAGAGAUGAUGAAAUGAACUAACGGUGGGUUGUGGUAACCUGUGAAUGUUUUACCUGCAGAGACAACAGAGUUGACGUCGGUUUUUGUGUAGCUUCAAGGUGCACUGCGCAGGAGAGUCGAGGCUGCAUUGACUUUUUCUAGUUUAAAGAGAACAAAAAGCUUGAAAACUUAAAAACAUUUCCUUUCUAGUGCUUCUGCACAUAGUGAAAAUGAUUUGGUCCUCAUCAGCCUGAAUCUAAUCACAUGUAUAUGAUUCCAGUUAGUCGUCAAUUUCUAAACAAAACCGAGGAACGUUGUGUGAAAAAUGAAUUAUAUCCUGCUUGUUUCCACUAGAUUUAGAAGGGAAAGUUUAUGGAUGCACUUUUUCUUUUGGUCAUAGCAGAUUUGUUGCCACCUCUGUAGAAGCACUUGCUGUUCUGGAUCAGGUGGAAAUACUAAAACACAUCAGCUAGUAGUUUAAGGAAACAAUUUUUAAUCUGGCAACAGUCACAAGGCCAUUUCCAACCAACCUGAAGUUCCUCAUGCUACAACGACAAUAGUCAUUCACCAGUGGGAAACAUUUUAGGCAGCUAGCAGCCUUCCCUGGAGUGGAUUUUCCAGCACAUUCACACCCUGUUCAGGCUAUGCGGAGCGUAGAGAAACUGUAAAACACCCAGGAGAUGCGAAGGCCUUGAGAAUUUUUCAGUUUUCAGGCUGAAAACUGGUCCAAGUUUCCAAAUUUUUGGCCAGUGCUUAGAUGAAAAACCAAUCUUAUCCACCAACCUCCUUAAAGGUCUGAAAAUCAGCCACUGUCCCUUUUUGCUCUUUUGUGACACGGACCCGCCCACCAGGUCCGGCUUUUUACUAGGACGAAAGCCUCUUUUUCUCUCAAAAGAAUAUGACGGCGCAAUUUCAUUUUGCAUCUGAAUUAGUUAUAAGCAGAGGAGAGAAGAAACCAAAGUAGAGAUGUUCAAUGUUUCAUGAAAACCAAAGUUUCCAGGCACAGUGGUGGAGCGGUGAUGAUUAAUUAACUCUGGAGAUAAACGUGAUAAACUUUUGACCCAUCCAAAAGUCAAGAUUUUCAUUUCCACAGUUAACAAAGCAAUGUCGUAACAGAAAGCUUUUUCACAAAUGGCUUUUCUAUUUGAGCUUGUUCUGUGUUUAGUAAAUAAUGACAGUUGUAGUACGCCUUAAUGUGUAAGGAAGGUGUGAGACUAAAGCUGGACUGAGGGUUUUUCCCGGCUGCCUCUGGUUCCACGGAGAAUUUUAAAGUUGCUACAUUAUGCGAAGGAGCGAGAAAAGCCAUUCCAGUUAAAGUGGAAAAACAUCCGAGGCAGAUUCCUGUCCUGUGGUUUAAACUGGGUUGGCUGGUCAUGUGACUUAAGGAGCGCUUCUCUGCUGCCCCCUGGUGACCAUGAGGAGCGUGAGCGCUGUGGUCCUGGCCCUGGCCGCCUUCGCCCUCGGCUCGGCAGACCCCGACGUGCAGAGACCGCGACACGACUCCAACUUGGAGAUCUACAAGCGGCUGUUUGAGACGAAGAGGAAGGAUCAGCUGAACGCCCUGAAGAACCUCGUGGAGCUGAACGACAUCAACCAGCAGUACAAGAUCAUAGACAUCAUGCUCAAGGGGCUUUUCAAGGUGUUGGAGGACUCCAGACAAAUCCUAGUGGCGGCUAACAUGCAGCCUGAUGACCCCUUCCCUCUGGAUGAUAAGAUCAAAGAAGCUUACUCCCAUGUGGUGGAGAACACGGCGUUCUUCGGCGACGUGGCGCUGCGCUUCCCACGCAUCGUCCACCACUACUACGACCGCAACGCCGACUGGGGAGGGCUGCUGCGCUGGGGGCUGAAUUUCUGCAACCAGACCGGAGUUUUCACAGGAGGAGCCCACCAGCAUGUCCUCACACUCAUGUCGCAGGAGCUGGGAAUCACGGAGAAAUCCCCAGAUUUUAUAAAUCCAUACCGCACAGAGAGAGACGAUGUUCUUCACACGGCCGAAGCUUUCCAGAAGAUCCUGAGGGAGGAGGAGAAGAGGAGGAGGAAGGAGGAGAAGAGGAAAGAAAUCCGGAAAGGGCCCCGCAUCUCCCGCUCUCGCUCCGAACUAUAGCGCCACCCCUCGGCGGUGGCGAGGAGCCAGAGAACCGGAGCGGGAGGAUCUGGAGGAGCGAACACAGGAGUCCACACGGAGUGACCCGACAUGCAGACUGCGGCGACGGUGAAGGAAACAAACGCUGCCGUCCAUUGUACCAUACAGAAGUGAAGGCGCUCCGACGUAAAGGACGGAGGAGCCGUCGCUGUGAAACACGAUAACGCGUUUAUUCAGAGGUUAGUCGGGUUCUGAUCGAGGCUUGAACAUCAGCGCCGAUGUCUAAUUGGAGAAUCUAACUUUGUACUCCAGGAGGAUUCUGGGAAAACAACGGAAAGUCAAACUUACAGAGGCGGACGGAUUUAUUGGCACGCCUGGUAACGAUGUGGAAAUGCACCUUUUAUCCGACACUAGAAAAACCUAGUUCAUGCUCAAACCUGCUUCCAAUGAAAAUCCCGAACUCAGUUUCCAGUUAAAGUCCGGGCAUUUUUACAUUUUUGAUGUUAGAACCUUAAAAAGGCGUUUUCUUAUUCACUCCCAAACAAUUGAAAACAGUUAAUUGAAGUUAAUUGAAAUUGAUCAAUU